UACUCGGCUGAGAGGUAACUGUGAUCCGAGCGGAGCAGCCGACUACAGUUCAGCAGUGGCUGUCGCCAGCCAAACAUCGAGCGUUAAGCGUGAAUUGGAAUUCAAAGUGGAACUGGAAUCGAAACGGAAAUCGAAACCGAAAUCGAAAUCGAAAUUGGAAUUGAGUUCGUUCACAUCUAUACAGCAGCAAUCAAGUGGAGAUCUAACUGAGCGCAAUAUGUUGGCGGGUCAUGUGCGCCUCCUCAAAAUACUAUUCGUGAUCAUCUCAAUAAAGCUGUUCAUCGUGGUCGUGUUCUUUGGCUACGACAACACGAAUGAGGUAGUUCGUCCACAGCGCUUCGUGAUCAUCGAUGAGCUGCUGGUAGACAAAAGCGAUGAGCCCAGCUGGGCGGAUCGUCUGAAGCUGAUACGAAAGGAGAUGCCCUCAUUUCCGCUCGAGGAAAUGCAUCGUCGACCGGCGGGCAUUCCGAAAUGCGGCAAAGUGCCCAACCUCUUGGAGAUCGACUUCAGCAACGACUAUUGGCAAACUUUCACGAAUGUCAACCUCACUUACCACAUCUUUGGCGCCUACUACGACAACAGAGAGACGAUGAGCGAGGCGCCGCUGGUGCGCGUGCUAACCAUGAUCAAUCAUUAUGGCAAGCGUGGCGAGAUCAGCUAUCCGGAAACCUUUUGCCAAAUCUGGUUCAAGGGUCGCGUCGAGCCGGUUGUCGUGAAUGUCACAGAUCACAAGUUAAUAUGGUACUGGGGCGGUACCUCGGCUUAUGUCUUCCCAACGCUCCUCAGCUGCUGUUUGCCCAAAGCGAACGACACCGACGCAGCGGAGGCACCCGAAAUGGUGUCGCUGGUAACGCAGCCCUGCAACAAGCCCAGGAAUGUGAUGCGCGUCAUUUACGAACCGGAUGACAGUAGUGCAAAUGCCACAGACGCUCCGCAGGGGCGGCAGCAGGAACAGCAGCAGGAGCAAACAAAUAGCACGCAACUACAACGGAAACCAUUACGGUUUAUGGUCUGCGUCAAGGCCAUGGACUUUAUCUACAAAGACAUGUCCUGGCGGUUGAUUGAGUGGCUGGAAUUGAUGCGCAUUCUGGGUGCCGGCAAGGUGGUCUUCUAUGAUAGUCAGAUGCAUCCGAACAUGACGCGAGUGCUGAACGACUAUAUGCAAAGCAGUCCCGGCUUUGUGGAGGUGUGGCCCUUGUCAAUGGCACGCGGCGAGCCGCACGCUGUCCCACACUUUCAGCACUAUGUCAUGCAGGAAAACAGCUUGAAUCGCAUACUGAACGAAAUGAUACCCUAUAAUGACUGCUUCUAUCGCAACAUGUACAAGUACGACUACAUUGGUGUCUUUGACAUCGAUGAGGUGAUCAUGCCGCUGGGCAAUGUCACCAACUGGUCAGAUCUAAUCGAUCUGGCGUACAAGGUGCCCGACUAUCAGCGGGAGACGUGGAACUGCAGUGAAUGGGCUAGCUUUUGCUUUCGCAACGUCUACUUUCCCGCCUAUCCCGAACGACCCAAGGUAUACAAGAAGCUGCCCAGCUUCUACUACAUGCUGCAGCAUGUGGAGCGCGUUAGCGAGCACUGUGAUCGAUUUUCGGCCACCAAGUGCCUGCACUCCACACGCUAUGUGAUCGGGCUGCACAACCACUUUCCGCUCUUUCGGGCGGGGAAGGACGAGUGCGAGCCAAAAUCGGUGCCCGUCGAGUAUGCCCAGCUGCAGCACUACCGCGAGCCGGACAAUAAAACCCGCCUCUUAAAUCCCAUCAUAGACGACAGCAUCUGGCGAUUUCAGCCGCUGCUGCAGCAGCGUGUCUAUGCCCAAUACGAGCGGCUCGGCUUUCUGCCCAGCGCGGAGCAAGUGCUGAAUGCCCAGGAGCAGCGGAUCAAGGACGACGAGCUCCUUUUAAACAAAUCAAUCUCAAUGGGAUAGAAACUCGUAUCUCAUCCAAAUACUAGGCUGAUGUACUUUUUUUUUUAUGUAUAGUUUUUUUUUUUUUUUUCUUUAUAUAAUAAUUUUAUGACACACGCCUCUGUCAAGGUAUCCACGAACUAUAUUGCCUACAUUAUCUACCUCGUUCAACUCACACGCCGACUAUGUAGCAACUGGAACUUUGUUAGAUCGACAAGCUGUCAUACUACUUUAAAAUGUAAAUAUACAUUUCAA